GUGACCCUGUUGUAACUCCAGAUUGUGAUUCCAGAUUGCUGAGUUGACCACAGAGCUCGCCGACGAGCGCUUCAAAGGGGAUGUGGCCUGCCAGGUGCUGGAGAGUGAGCAGGCAGAGCGGCUACGUGCCUUCCGGGAGGUCCAGGAGCUGAAGAGCAAGUAUGAGCAAGUCCAGAAGAAUUUGGGAGAAGUGCAGAAGCAGUUGGAAGAAGCCCAGCAGAAAAUUCAGUUGAGUGACUUGGAAAGGAGCCACACUGGAGGAGCGGAUGAAUGGCAAAUUCACUUCGACUGUGCUCAGAUGGAGAACGAGUUCCUCAGGAAGCGUCUGCAGCAAUUCGAGGAGAGGUUGGACUCAGAGCUGACAUCCAGGAAAGAGCUGGAGCAGAAGCUCGGGGAGCUGCAGAGUGCUUACGAGGGGGCCAAGAAAAUGGCCCACCAGCUGAAAAGGAAGUGCCACCAUCUGACCUGUGACCUGGAGGACACCCGCCUCCAGCUGGAGAACCAGCAGAGCCGAAAUCACGAGCUUGAGAAGAAGCAGAAGAAGUUUGAUACGCAGCUGGCCCAGGCCCUGGGGGAGUCCGUGUUUGAGAAGGGUCUUCGAGAGAAAGUGACCCAGGAGAACACCAGUGUCCGGUGGGAACUAGGCCAGCUUCAGCAACAGUUGAAGCAAAAGGAGCAGGAAACCUCGCAGCUGAAGCAGGAGGUGGAGACUCUGCAGGCCCAUAAGCGGGAGCUGUUGGGGUUGUCCUCUCUGGGAGAGAACUGUGUAGCUGGCUUGAAGGAGAGGCUCUGGAAGCUGGAAUCUAGCGCCCUCGAGCAACAGAAAAUCCAGAACCAACAAGAGAACACCAUCAAGCAGCUGCAGCAGCUCCGCCAGAGGUUUGAGCUGGAGAUCGAGCGGAUGAAGCAGAUGCACCAGAAGGAUCGUGAGGACCAGGAAGAGGAGCUGGAAGAUGUCCGCCAGUCCUGCCAGAAGCGGCUCCGCCAGCUCGAAAUGCAGCUGGAGCAAGAAUACGAGGAGAAGCAGAUGGUCCUCCACGAGAAGCAGGAUCUGGAAGGCCUGAUUGGAACCCUCUGUGAUCAGCUGGAGCAGAGCGAAGCCAAGUGUGAGGAUGCUUUGAAGACACAGAAGGCACUGACCGCGGACCUGGAGAACAUGCACAGCGAGCUGGAGAACAUGACCCGGAGCAAGAGCCUGGUGGACGAGCAGCUGUACCGACUACAGUUUGAGAGAGCAGAUCUGCUGAAGCGCAUCGACGAGGACCAGGAUGACCUGAACGACCUCAUGCAGAAGCACAAGGACCUCAUUGCUCAGUCUGCUACUGACAUUGGGCAGAUCCAAGAACUGCAGCUACAGCUGGAGGAAGCCAAGAAGGAGAAGCACAAACUUCAAGAACAACUGCAGGUGGCUCAGAUGCGCAUCGAGUACCUGGAGCAGUCCACCGUGGACCGAGCCAUCGUGAGCAGGCAGGAGGCAGUCAUCUGUGACCUGGAGAACAAGACGGAGUUCCAGAAAGUGCAGAUUAAGAGAUUUGAGGUCCUGGUGAUCCGGCUUCGGGACAGCCUGAUCAAGAUGGGCGAGGAGCUCACUCAGGCGGCCAAGUCCGAGUCCCAGCAACGGGAGAGCAGUGAGUAUUACCAGCGGCGCCUGCAGGAGCUGAAGGCAGACAUGGAAGAGCUGGUGCAACGCGAGGCGGAGGCCAGCCGCAGGUGCAUGGAGCUGGAGAAGUACGUGGAGGAGCUCGCAGCGGUGAGACAGACCCUCCAGACAGACCUGGAGACGUCCAUCCGGCGGAUUGCCGACCUGCAGGCAGCCUUAGAGGAGGUGGCGUCCAGCGACAGUGACACGGAGAGUGUCCAGACGGCAGUGGACUGCAGCAGUGGCAGAAAAGAGACAGAUAACAUCUCCCUCCUCAGCUCCCAGCCAGAAGGCAGUCUGCAGUCCUGGUUGAGCUGUACUCUGUCCCUGGCCACAGAUACUAUGAGGACCCCUUCUCGACAGUCAGCCAGCAGCAGCCACAUCCUCAGCUCCAG